AUGGACAUAUACUCUUCUGUUGUGCAGAAACAGUUAGGAAAAAAUAGCAAGCCUGACAAGGAGAAAAAAAAUGAAAAACAAGGUAAAAGUAGGAAUAAGAAAGUUGUUCACGACUUAUUUGUCCAAGGGACAAAUGACUCCUCUAUAGUUUCAAAGAGAUCAGUGGAAAUAUUAUACAAUGAUGUAGAGGCUUCAAAUUCCAAACCGUUUUUUCACCAUUUUGUUAAAAAAUCACCACGGAGAACGCCAGUCAUUAAUCGUGGAUACUGGAUAAGAAUGAAAUCAAUCAGAAUGGCUAUCGAGAAAAUUAUUGAGCAGCAACCACCAGAGCAACGGAUCAACAUAAUCAACUUAGGUUGUGGCUAUGAUCCACUACCAUUUCAGCUACUUGAUGAGGAGAAAUUCCAACACCGAAAUUUAUAUUGCAUAGACGUUGAUUUCCCUGAACUUAUUGAUUAUAAGUCUCAAAUGAUACGUAUGGCUCCCGAACUUACAACGUUGAUAGGACCACAACUCUGUGAUUCCGAAAGCAAAAUUGCUCCUGGUGUUGUGAUCAGAACAACAAAUUAUGCAACUAUGGGUUGUGACCUGACGAACCGAAAGUUGUAUUGUGAACAGUUGGAUUCAUUUAAGGCCAACAGUCCAUCAACAACCAAUAUUUUUAUUGCCGAGGUUUCGCUAGCAUAUAUGACUCCAGAAACUGCUAAUCCUAUAAUUGAAACCUCAUCUACCUUUUCAAAUUCCCAUUUCCUCAUUCUCGAACAAUUGCUUCCUGCCGGUGAAAACCACCCAUUUGGUAAACGAAUGAUACAUCAUUUCAACAAGAUGGAAGCCCCUUUACAAUGUGUUCAUACAUACCCAACUAUAGCUGAUCAGAUUAACAGAUUUCGCAAAUUGGGUUAUAACCAUGUUAAUGCCAAAGAUUUACUGGCAUGUUGGGAUUUGGUUCCUAAUGAUAUCAAAUUGAAAGUCAAAAAUGUGGAAGCAUUUGAUGAGUGGGAGGAAUUUAUAUUUUUUGGUCAUCACUACAUCAAUUUACAUGCCACCAAUCAACCUAACGUGACUGUUUAUGCAGAGAAAAAUUGUGAGUUAUAUCCACAAAUGAAAAGUGCUGCCACCGAAUACACAGUGCAAUAUCAGAACGAACUCCCUGUUAAUGCUCAACGUAAGUUCCACUCUUGUUUGGGCUUUCCAAAUGCAUCAUUUCUCACAUGUGGAAUACAGCAAUCACGAUUAUCUGACACUAUUCAGCUAAAACUAUCGACUGAUAAUGAUGCUGUUAUACAGGUACCAACCGACUUCAAAGCUCGGGUUGGUGCGACUAGCAUUGAUACCAGGUCAGGUUCUUACCUCGUUGGAGGCCGGCGAAUUCCAGGGGCUGGGAUGGAUGAAGUUUGGAAAUUACAUCGCGUUAAAGCUAACCAUUACACGUGGGAACUCAAAAGCCCUCUUUUGAGUGGAAGAGUGAAACACACUGCGGCUUGUAUCAAUGAAGAAGACAUAUUGAUUUUCGGGGGUUCUGAUGGUGAAACUUUUGAGUAUUAUUCUAAUGAAAGCAACAUUUGGUUCAAGCUUGAUUAUUCUUCUGAUUCUAUCUUCCUUAAAGGUCUAGAGAGCUCUAAAUUGGUUGUGUUAGAUACCACCAAUGAAAUAUAUCUUUUGGGAGGAAUGAUAUAUGAUCCAGCUGGUGGCUUCGACUUCAGUUCUACAGUUUAUCAAGUUGAGUUAGAUCUGGAAUCUAAGAAGGUUUUCUUGACCGAAAUUGUCAAACACAAAAGCCUUGCAAGAUAUGGAUUCAAUGUUGUCACUACUGGAUCCAAGAUAUUAGUGAUAGGUGGAGUGGGGAAAACUUUGUACUGCCAAAAUGACACGAUUGUGGAAGUUGAUAUCGAUACCAAGAAGGUAGCUAGUGUCAGAAUAAAUGAAAGUUUAUGGAGAAAAAGCCCAGUCUUUGUUGGAAGUGACGUUAUAUCAAGAAAAAGUUUGAACCAGAGCUGGAUUAUUGGUGGUGGUGUGGUCUGCUACGGGUUUGGUUCUGUUUGGGGUGGAAUUGUCAGCAUCAACUUUGGCGAACAACCUAGUGAGCGGAUAGAAUUUCAGUAG